CGCGAUGUUGUUAUUUGUGGCUGUAGUUUUGUUGGGUACAUUGGGCACCGUCGUGUUCGGCCAAAACCCCAUACCCCACAGGCCACCUACAGGUUUCGUGUACCCGGCCAGCGAUACUUGCAAGGCACUCGUUGAGUUUAAGGCAUUCGUGGACCUGGCUUGCCCUCACAGCAAGACAGCAUGGCCGACAUUUGAACAGGUUGCAGCGUAUUACAACAAUGCGACCGCUGCAUUGGUUGCGUUUGAGACGCUCAUCUUUCCUCUGCCGUACCACCGUGCGGCCUUCCCUGCGGCUCAGGCAACGUACAUUCUGACGGAUAUGAAAAGUGGAGUCGCCUAUGACUGGUUUCAUUACAUCUUCAACCAUCAGAGCAAAUACUACGAUGGCGCCAUCUUGAACUUCAAUCAGUCAGAAGUCCACCAGAUGCUGGCUGAGGAUAUCUACAUGGCCACUGGCGUCUCAAAGAGCGACAUCCUUACCCACUUCAAGGACACUGACCCGUCUUGGGAGGAAGAGAUUGUCAUGUGGAAAUACGGAUGCACACGAACGGUAGACGGCACGCCGAGUGCUUUCAUCAAUGGUGUAAGGGUGGAAUUCUCUCCGACUUGGACGCUGGACGAUUGGAGGCAGGUCAUUGACCCCUUGAUUUACAAUGAGGACGCGUUCUACAUGCCGAAGACCUGCCCUGCAGGCGAGGCGGAGUGCAAGUAUCUGCCAGGGAAGAUGGAGUGCUGCUUGAAUGGCGAGUUUUGCAUUCCCAAUGUGGGAUGCCGAUGCUAGAUAACGCAGGACCGGCCACAGAUAUCGAGCGUCAAACAGUACUUCAAUGAGAUGAUAGAAUGAUUUGCAGCUGACAAGUAAAGAUUUAAAAAUGACAACAGGUGUAAUACUAAAAAAAUGUAAUGCACAAUCAUAAUUUGAACGGUGCAUGGGGUGGGGGACGGGGGACACC